UGGGAUUUCCGUCGAAGAGAGCGAAAGAGUAAGGGGGGAUUCUGAGCAGAGGCCGGAGCCGCGGUCGUACAGUUACAGUCAUGCCGCACAGCUUUAAGCCCGGGGAUCUGGUGUUCGCCAAGAUGAAAGGAUACCCGCACUGGCCGGCCCGGAUUGAUGAUGUCAAUGAUGGGGCAGUGAAACCUCCACCCAACAAAUAUCCUAUAUUCUUUUAUGGGACUCAUGAGACAGCCUUCCUAGGGCCCAAGGAUCUGUUCUUAUAUGAAAAGUAUAAAGAUAAAUAUGGAAAACCUAACAAGAGAAAGGGUUUUAAUGAAGGAUUGUGGGAGAUCCAGAGUAAUCCACAAGCCAGCUACAGCAUACCACCACCGGCGGUGAGUUCCUCCGACAGUGACGUGCCAGAGGAAAAUGCAGCAGUAAAUGAUGCUGGGGGAGAUGAUGCUAUCCCUUCCAAACCACCCACAACUCCUGGGGCAUCCAGUGAGGAUGAAGAGGAGGAAGAAGGCAGUGAGAAAGGAGCAGUGAAGAGGAAAGUUCCUGUAGCGAAGGCUCCCGUCGCCAAACGUGUCAAACAUUCGUCCAGUGAACAGGAGCCAGAGAGUAUGUCGUCUUCUGAGGAGGAAGAGGUUUCAGACAGUGACCAAGAUUUCAAACCUGAGAAAAGUACCACAAGACCACAGAGAAGGACAUCAGCAGCAGGGAGAAAGAAGGUUGUGGCUGAUUCUGAAUCUGAAUCCAAAUCAGAUUCUGAAGAAGAAAAGGAAGAGAAAAAGGAGCAGUCUCCACCUCCUCCUCCUCCUUCAGCUUCCUCCUCCUCAUCAUCGUCAUCCUCUGAUUCUGAGGCACCUGUGAAAAAGGCUCCAAGGGGCCGGCGGCCUGCCGAGAAAUCUGCACCCAAACCUCGAGGGCGAGCACGCAAAACAGAACCGACCCCACCUAGUCCAAGCAGUGAUAGUGAUAGUUCACCGGACAUGAUAAGUGACUGGAAGAAAAAAGAUGAAGAGAGACAGCGGGCACUAGAGGAGCGUCGAAAGAAGGAGCAGGAAGAAGAGAUGCGUAGGCUGCGGGAAGUAGAGAAAGAAGAGGGGGAGAGAAAAAAGAAGGGAAAGGCAGAGAAAGCUGACAAGAGUGAAGACAGUGACACCAGCAUAGAGGAUUCACCAAAAAAAACAAAGAAACCUCCUUUAUCAUCUUCUGACUCAGAGGUGGAAAAGCCAAAGAAGGAAACGGCUCCAUCUUCUGGAGAGACGAAGAAGGGCAAGAAGGGUAGACCUCCAGCAAUAUCAGAUUCUGACAGUGACAAGAAGGUGAAGAAGAUUGUGAAAAAGCCAAAGGCUGCAGAACCAUCAAAAAAACAGAACCAAAAGGAUAAGCGCUCAGAUCGGCCGAGGGGGAGACCCAAAAUGGAUAAAAGCAAAAUGAAAGCUGAAGUCAUAAGUGAAAGGAGAGUGGAGAAGAAGAAAAAGGAGCCUACAAUAGAGGAAAAGCUCCAGAAGCUACACAGUGAGAUCAAGUUUGCAUUGAAAGUGGACAGUCCUGAUAUAAAGAAGUGUGUAGAUGCUCUAGAAGAGCUUGGAGGUCUUCAGGUGACGUCUCAUAUCUUGCAGAAAAACACAGAUGUUGUGGCCACACUCAAAAAGAUCCGUCGAUACAAAGCUAAUCAGAGCGUUAUGGAUAAAGCUGCGGAAGUUUAUACAAAACUGAAAUCUCGUAUUCUGGGACCUAAGCUAGAAUCUCAGCAGAAGGAAGAGCAAAAGGUUGUCAAUGAGACGAAAGGCCCAGAUGAGGAGAAACCAAGUGAAGAGUCAAAAGAAGUUACAGCCGUCCCAGUGAAUGGAGACUCUGUGUCACAGAGGGACGAGAGCAAACCAGAUGAGGAACAAGAAGGAGAGCAAAACCAAGACAACAAGAAGGACCAGGAGGAAGAGCUCGAGAAGGAACAGCAAAACCAUGCGGAUCAUAACACUGACUUACCAGAGGAAAGCAAUGAAUCUGCACCCCUCCCUUCUGAAACUCUAACAAGCUGAGGCAGUCACCCUUCUUCUCCUGUUACUCCACAGACUGUUCUUUUCAGGGGUCCGUUAAAAUGGGGGCACAAUUGCCAUGUCUCCCAUCCUUAACCCAGUGCUGUUUGUAUUUGUUAACAUGGUCAUUUGUUAUUUCAAUUGAAUUCUUGUGACAUGAUCUGCUCAUAAAGGUUUUUUUAAGAAAUAAA